UAAAGAAAACUCCUAAUAUCGAUAUCAAUCGAUCUCCCUCCCUCAGCUGGUCUUCCAAAUCGUGUAGAGAUAAAAGAAAACAGAGCUCGCGUUGUCUUUCUAAUUGAUGAAUGUCGUCUUCCAUGGCUUCUUCGACUGAUCUAAUCGACUCAUCAGGUAAUGGAGAGAUGAAAGAUGUGAAGCUUGUUGAGUCUACUGAUGGUGUUGAUUCUUCCAUGUUACAGACACAAUCACUUGAAGAAAAUGAGAGGAAAGCUCGUGUUGACGCAAUGUGGGAGAAGAUGAAUAAAGGAGUAUCUGUGAAGAAGACACUUAGAGCUAUAUCAAACAAGACUGUUUUAACGGGGACUAAGGAUACUCGAAAAGUUUCUCCGCAGAAGAAUUCCUCUAGCUUGAUGACGUAUUUGGGCUUGGCACAGAAGAAGACGGGUUGUUCUAAUCAGUUUGAGAAAGGGAAGCAACAUAGUCAGCCGCAGAAUGAGACGAGUGAUGAAGCGAAGAGGCUUGCUGCUGCUGCCCUUGCAGCAGUUAAGGAUGCAUCUGCUUUGGCUUCUGCAUCAAGUAAGGGGAAAGUUGAGAUCAGGGAGGUGAGGGACUUUGCAGGUCAAGAUGUAGAAAUAAAGAAGCUUGUAGAUGCGAAUUCAAAGGAAGCAUCUGAAAAGGCGAAAGUGAAUUCAGGACCAGUUUCAGCUGUGGAUGCUGUUCUUGAACAGAUUAAGAAGAAACAGAAGCUUAGUGUGCUGGAUAAAACUAAAAAGGAUUGGGGAGAAUACAAGGAAGAACACAAGGGUGUGGAAGAUGAAUUGGAUACUUACAAGAAGAGUUCAAAUCAAUAUAUCGAUAAACUUUCUUUCUUGCAAAGAGCAGAUUACAGAGAGUUUGAAAGGGAAAGAGAUGCUCGUCUUGCUACUCAUGCUGGCAAAAGGAAAUCAGGCGAUAUGCAAGAGGAUGAUGAUCAUCCAUGAUAUUGUCAAUAUUUCUCUAGUAUUAUUUACUUUUAGAUUCCAUCUGAAUUCUCAACUAGGCGAUAAAUUUGGCAAAUUAAGCGUUUUUCUCAAUGAAGUGAUUCUUUGUGGAUUGUUUGUCCUA